GACUUUCUGUUGGCUCUAUUGAAAUGUGAUUUGUUUUUGUCCAAUUAUAGGGGUAGUGGAGAUUUGUUUGAAUUAGUGAAAUUUUGGUUAUUUGAAGUUCAUUUUUGAAAAUAUUCAACCAAUCUGUGAGUAGAAUGUGUUUGUUUGGGCUCUUUCAUUGCACCAUUUGAGAAAAGAUCUUAGAGUUAAUCGUUCACUGGUUUUAGCUUUAAUGGUUUCUGUUUCUCUAACUGAGAUGGGGUCAAAUGGAGAGAAUGCAAUAAGAUUGGAGGAGAAGAAAAAGAGGGAACAAGAGCUAUUGAGCCAUAUUAUCCAGGAAGCUGGUGAAUACAAGGUUGAGUUCUACAGGAAGAGGGAGAUCACAUGUGAGAAUAACAAAGCCGCUAAUAGGGAAAAGGAGAAGAUAUUUGUGUCCAAUCAGGAGAAAUUUCAUGCCGAGGCCAAUAAGAAUUAUUGGAAGGCCAUAGCAGAGCUCAUUCCUAAUGAAGUGGCAGCAAUAGAGAAGAAGAGAGAGAAGAAGGAUCAGGAGAGGAAGCCUGGCAUUAUUGUGAUCCGAGGUCCAAAGCCAGGGAAACCAACUGAACUCUCAAGGAUGUACCAGAUACUCACAAAAUUAAAGCACGACACACCUCCUCACUUAAAUUUUUCUCCACCAGCAGCACCAGCUGCCACUGCUUCUGUCCAGGCUGCUGAUGUUGUAACCAUUCCUGAGGCUGUAUCUGUUGCUUGAUUGUUUUCUUAUUGACAUCGUCGAUAUUUUUCAUGUAUUGAAAGACAUGUAAGAGCUUUUUUACACUUUACAUUGUAGUGUAGCUUCAGGCUUGUCUGGUGAACACGGUAUGUAGGAACAUUCAGAUUGUUGAAAAUUAUACUUCAUGUCUUUUCUAGGUGAAAAACUUGAUUGUUUUUAGUUA